AUGUUGAGAAGUGGUAAGGCGCGUGCUGCAGCUUCCGUUGGAUCGACGCCUCGAACCUCACUAAGAUCUGGACACGGAUCAGUUGGUGAAUCGGAUAUAGUCAUCUGCUCACAACGAGUACAGGAAAUGAUACAGCGACUGGAACGAGUGCUUCUUGCAUUUGACAUGGUAAAGAAUCGAUCGGAGAAAGACAGCAAACGAGCAGAAUUGUUGUCCUCCGUAGUAGACAGGUUAAGAAUUUUGGGAACCGAUAUUACCAGGAUUGCACAGGAAUGUGGCUAUGAAAAGGAUGCGCUAUCAAGUGAAGAUACGUUGAAUGUGGAUGAUGUUGAUGUUCUAAUGCGUGAACCGUUAAAUUUGAACAAGGAAGCACUGCUUUUUUAUCAGGAAGGUGUUAAAGCUGCAACAGCCGAUGAAGUGAAAUGUCGAAAAUGCAGGUGCUUUUUUUUAAGAUUUUUUUUUACAGAAAUUUUUCUGUCAACGCCUAAUCGAUAA